CACAUCGUCAAUGCACCCGUGGGCUCAGCAUUCUGGCUUGCUCUCACCUUACAUGGCUAUAAUAAUUUACAAGUUCUUGCUCGCUGGCGCGUCAUGCAAUAUAUGUCGAUAAUUAUUUUUCACUCUUCAAAGAUACGGAAUAUCGUAUAAAGAAUGGCUCCCCCCUUACGAAGUCAUAGAGGCUGGAGUCCUGCCUAGCUCCCCCGUUUUCUCAUCAGCCCUCCACUCGAGACCGAGGUUCGAACUUCUUAGCCAACAUACUCAUCACGCCACAUACAUUACCUGUAUAAGUAGCAGUUGGCCGACCUUCACGAUGCGAUUCUGGAAUACCUUGGUUCUCAUCACUCUACUUCCGAUUGUCACAGAGGCCGAUUUCCACAUUGGAAUAGGCGCUUGAACAUACCACAUGGGAAGCUUUACCGGGGCCGGCAAGGCUGCACUGCAUUGGGCUUUCCUCCCAUCGAACCAUGAUGGGUGUCGUCAGGGAAAUAAAAUCCCCCAUACUCAGCCUGGGGUCACCACAGAUCGUUAUACUUUGCGGUGUUACAGUCACGGUUUCCGAUGAUCUUGACCACUGGAACUCCUCGGACGGAGCAAGUGGAAUGAAUGUGAUACCCAACCUCAGAUGACAUCAUCACGCAUUUUAUGACGUGCAGAGAAUAGAAUAUCGGAUGGCUAUUUACUUCGAUUCGCGCUGGUGUGUGGGAGACGUGUGCAAAAGACAAUUGACCAAGAAGGCUUCAUCGCUCCAGCCUGACACUUGGUUGUAAAUUGACCAGACUCGCCAUGCAACGUCUCGCUUCCAGCUAUUAGUAUCUAUUAAUGAGGAGCUUCCUUAGCAGUCCUUGACAUCUACGGCCAUAGGACUCCGGAAGCACCGCAUCCCGUCUGAUCUGCGAAGUUAAUUGGAGUACCGUUUAGUUAGUACCGUGGUAGGGGACUACAUAGGAAUCCUGAAUGCUGUAGUUUUUUGUUUUUCCUUGUCGUCAGCCUC